GAAGCGCCGGCACAGCGUCCCUGCAUGGAGCGCGAGUGGCGCGCUUCGGAGGCUCCCCCCGCAGCCGCCGCGCUCUUCGCCUGGGGUGCAAAUAGUUAUGGGCAACUUGGCCUUGGCCAUAAGGAAGAUGUGCUUCUGCCCCAGCAGCUGAAUGACUUCUGUAAAUCCAAGUGCAUCAGGAGGAUCACAGGAGGAGGCGGCCAUUCUGCAGUUGUCACAGAUGGAGGAGGCCUUUUUGUGUGUGGCCUGAACAAAGAUGGGCAACUGGGACUUGGUCACACAGAGGAUGUUCUCUAUUUUACCCCUUGCAACUCCCUCCUUGGUUGUCCCAUCCAACAGGUGGCCUGUGGCUGGGAUUUUACCAUUCUACUCACAGAAAAUGGUCAAGUUCUGUCAUGUGGAUCCAACUCCUUUGGCCAAUUAGGAGUUCCUCAUGGACCUCAAAGAUGUGUGAUUCCCCAGCCCAUUGAGCUCCUGAGAGAGAAGGUUGUCUGUGUUGCUGCUGGGCUGAGACAUGCAUUAGCCGCUACAGUAAGUGGCAUGGUGUUCCAGUGGGGGACUGGUUUGGCAUCAUCUGGACGACGGUUGUGCCCCGGGAAGACUCUCCCCUUGUUCUUGACGGCAAAGGAGCCAAGCAGAGUGACAGGCCUAGAGAACUCCAAAGCAAUAUGUGUUCUUGCUGGCUUGGAUCAUUCAGCUUCAUUAAAUGAUGCAGGAGAACUGUAUGUUUGGGGAAGCAACAAGCAUGGGCAACUGGCUACCCAAGCUGCUUUCCUUCCUGUGCCUCAGAAAAUAGACGUGCAUUGUUUUCAGAAUGAAAAGGUCACUGCCAUCUGGAGUGGGUGGACACACCUGGUUGCUCAGACAGAAACUGGUAAGGUGUUUACCUGGGGCCGAGCAGACUAUGGUCAACUAGGGAGGACGUUGGAGUCUCACGAAUGCUGGAAACCAGAACAUCAGGACCCAUCCCUGCCCUGCUCCAGACCAUGGAACAGCAUACCUUCAUCUCUGCAUUGUUUAAUGGGAGCGACUGAGGUUUCUUGUGGCUCAGAGCAUAAUUUGGCAGUAAUUGGUGGGGUGUGUUAUUCCUGGGGCUGGAACGAGCAUGGCAUGUGCGGGGAUGGCACCGAAGCCAACGUCUGGGCCCCGAAGCCCGUGGAGGUUCUGCGGUCAGCAUCGGGACUCCUCGUGGGCUGUGGGGCCGGCCACUCCCUGGCCCUCUGCCAGCUGCCAGCACACCUCGCACUGGGCCAGGACCCCGAGAUCGCCUGCACAUCCCCAGAUGCCACCAAGGAUACUGAAUCUCAAGAGGCCAUGGACGAGGAGGCAAAGUAGAAGGAAACAAUCAGAAACGUCAACCCAAAGCCGACCUGAAGGGUCUUGAAAUGGAGAACUUCGAUAGAGAACCUUUAAUAAAGUGGCUUCCCCCAGCAGGAAUGUCCCCAGACAAUCACACGGCUGUUUUGUGGGACCGGUCUAAGAAGGACUCGGGAGGCCCUGAAGGUAGGGCUGACACAGGAGGGUGGGGAAGCUGCCUGCCUAGAACUGGGGCCCUGGGGGACAGAGUGCCUUUGUCUCUGCUGGGCCCAAGCAGUUGGCUGUCCCUGCACUGAGCAGGUGAGAGUGAGGGCUCCAGUCCUUACCCGAGCCCAGGAAAGCCGAAGCAGCAGCGGGAAGACCGCAGCCUCUCCCUGCCCGGUAGAGACAGGAAGCCCACCUGUGGUUGUCCUGGUCCAAUACCCUUUGAUUCAGCAAGGCACAGCAUUCCCAGGCCAGGCUUAGUACAGCCGUAAGCUUCUCCUAGUAUUUUAUUUUCAGGCCCCAGGACUCAUACUUUGCUCAUUCAAGGGUGUCGAGGUACUGUGCCUGGAUACGUGGACGGGAAGGAGCUCUUGAUGACUAGGACCAAGGGAGACGGCUUUGGCGUGGGGUAGAAGGGAGUGGGGAUGAGGAAGUGGAGAAAGACUGCUUCUGGAAAGA